ACGGCAAUCGCAAAUAAAUAGCAUCAUAAGAAUAAUGCGAGAUUCAUUGGAUAAACUUCGCAUAUCUCUAAUAUUACCACAAAUUUUUGAAAAUCUCAUUAGUGUACGCCAACGUUUAAAUGGAUCGGAAUAUGAAAAUUGUAUAGUAUGGAUAGAACAAUAUAUUAAGGAGAAGAAUAUGGAUGCGACAUCUACAGCGCCUCAUCUAAACUAUCGUCUGAUUAAAAUUAUUGACUUUUUUCAUGAAAACUUUCAUGUUUUGGAAUAUUUUAAUGAUUGGUUGGAUGAUUUAAAACCAGCUGAUAAAUCUCUAAUACAUUCAUUUGAAUUGCUUCUAAAAAUAACCGAGCAACGCUUAAAGAAAUCCGCAAUAUCAGAACUGAACAAAGAGAAAAAAAUUCACGAAAUAUAUCAUGAAAAUGAAUGUAUUAAAAGGAAUAUUAAAGUUUUUCAGGAUUUAUUAAAAAGUCAGCGUAUCAGUUUGAAAUGGAAACUAGCUGCCAAGGAUGGCAUCAUUCAAAAAUAUGAAAAAGAUUUGGCCACAUGUAAAUAUGAAAACAACAUAAAGAUUAAACAAGAAAUAGUUCGAUCUAGUCGCAAUAUUCGACAAAUUCAUGCGUCCAGUGUGGUUAAACAAAAAGAGCUUGAAGAAGAACUUGAGCGAAUAAAAAUAAGCUACGAACAUUUAUUAAGAGAUAAUUUAAAGCAAGAAAGAUUAGCCAGAGAUGAAAAAAAUAAAUUACUUCUUCAAUUGCAAGCCCUUAUUAAAAAGUUUGAUCAAACUAUGGGGGAUAAAAUCAAGGAAAACAUGUUUCUUCAAAGCGAAUACGAACGACAAAAGGAAUUAUUCGAUGCAUUUUUGAUCGAAUAUAACAGGGAGGAACUGGAAUAUGAAAGAAUUGUGCGUUCAAAGGAAGAAGAAGAAAAACGCCAACACGAACAAAAAAUUCUACUUUUUAUGAUGAAUCGAUCGGCCCGAGUGAUACAAAAACAUUGGCGUAAAUUUAGGCGAGCACAAAAAAAAGCAGCCAAAAGGAGUAAAGGUCGUGGAAAGUCGAAAAAGAAAUAAUUUUGUAUUCCACAUACAUACCAUAGAGACAUACAUACUUUAAAAACUACCCUUUCUAAAUAAAACAGUUAUUCAUUGAACCAAUUUUCAGUUUUAUAAAUAAAUGAUAUAAAAAUCAUUAGUUUUUUUUUCUAUAUGUUUGUAAAAAAACAAUAAAAUAUUCUCGCAAUCAAAACCAAAAAAAGUUUAAAUAUUUUUUGUUCGUCUUUUUGAAAAUCAAAAAAUGUCCGUUUCAUUAUAUCCCGGUUCUAUUUGAAUGUACUAUUUUGAUUUUGUGCAAAAAUAAUAACUUUUUCAAAUAUUCCUUUAAACGCUAAUGGAAUGUUAAAUGUUUUGAGCUGUAUAUGUGUCGUCAUUUAAAAUAAUUUUUUAAUAGACUUGGAAAUUUUAUAUAAAAUUUUAAAACUCUGCAAGGAUUUUCUGAUCUAUUACAUUUUUUCUCAAUUUCUGUGCGCAUUAUAAAUCUAUGUCCUUUGCUGUGAGUUCCCUGAUUCAAUAUUUUUGUGGAUUUUUCUUAAUCGAAUUGAAAACAACCAAACUUGUAAUAUAGACGCGAAGACAAAGGUCAUUGGAUUGUCCAAACCUGGUUUUCAGACAACCUUUUCAUCUGAUAACUGGCUCAGAUCUUUUAAUUUAACAAAUUUUGUUCCUGUGCUUAUAAAACAAUGUCUCGUCAAGACGAGGGGUAAAUGACAUUUGAUGUCAGACAUAGUUGUGCGAACAAUUGUUCGGACAGGGUUGUUAGAACAAGAAAAUAACAUCGAAAAUAGUUGUACUUACGAGACAAAAAAUUGUUUGCUAAGUGAACAAAUUGAUGGCUAUUGCUAGGCCACA